CAUCGAUUGUUCUCCAUUUUCACAUAUCUAUCGACCUGACAAAAUGGCCGACACCGUGCAAGACAACCGGUACGCCCGUGCGCCACACCUCUGGGCGCUUGGCGUCGGCGCGGUGAUCUCUGGUGACUUUUUCGGGUGGCAGACCGCCUUGUCGGCGGGUUUCCUCGGGCUUGUGGUGAACCUCGUGCUUGCAUCAGUGCUGUACAUCCUGCUGUCGUUCUCCAUUGCCGAGCUGUCGACGUCGGUCCCAUGUGGCGGGGGUCCGUAUGCGUUUGCCCACCGCGCGUUGGGCUCGACCAGCGCCUACUUUGCAGGGCUGGCCGAGGUGCUCAAGGUCGUGGUCACCGUCGCCGUGAUCGCCGUGGGCAUUGGCGCGUACAUGAACCAGCUACUCAAGCUGGAGGAAGGCCACGGUCCGAUUUGGUGGGUCGUCUUUUACGUGCUGUUUACAGUGCUCAACUUGAUCGGCGUGGCGCUGUCGUUCCGCGUGCAAGUGGCCGCGACUGUGCUAAGCGUUGUGAUCUUGAUUGUGUUUUACAUUGGCGCAAUCUCAUACGUCGACUAUGGGUUGUGGGUACGGGACCAAGACUGGGAGUGGAAGGAUGGCGCGUCGGGGCUCGUGAACGGGUUCUCGUUUUCGAUGUGGUUCUUCUUGGGCAUCGAAGAGCUUCCCCUCGCGGUGGAAGACACGAUCGACCCCCAAGUCAACAUGCCCCGGGGGCUCAUCUCUUCCAUCGUGACUUUGUUCGUCCUCGCCUUUUCCACCGCGUUCUUCAACACGACCAUCUCGCCUGGGGCGUCGGCCAUCUUUGAGUCCGCGUCGCCGCUUCUCGACGGCUACAAAACAGUGUUUGGGGAUAACAGCGUCACAUCCGGAUUCUCGUGGCUACUCAUCGUCGGACUGCUCGCGAGCUUUCACUCGUUCAUUUACUGCAUGGGGCGUCUCGUGAUGGCCAUGGCACGCGACGGCUUCCUCCCCGCCAUCCUCGCCAACGUCCACCCCAUCCGACAGACCCCCACGGCGGGCAUCCUCGCAGGGACUAGCAUCGGCCUCGUCACGGUCAUCGUCAUGUACUACUCGAUCGGAUUCAUCCGCCUCGGCGCAGUGCUGAUCAACUUGGCGCUGCUCGGCGCGCUCAUCUCGUACGCGUUCCAGCUGGUGUCGUUCCUGGCACUCCGCGUGCGCGAACCCGACCUCGCCCGGCCCUACCGAUCGCCGUUUGGCAUGCCCGGCGCGCUGUUGUGCUUGGGCCUUGUCGCGUACGCCCUGUUUACGAUCGUGUACCAAGGCGCCGGGAGCAGUGACUUUUUGGUGUCGAUUGUGAUUGCUAUCUUAUACUUUGUGCUGGGCGCGGCGUGGUUUGCUGGAGUGGCCCGCCAUCACAUUAAGCCAUUGAGCGUCAUCCACCAAGGUGAACGCCAAGGGUAUGUGGGCGCCGACUCGCCCCAUGCUGCGUCGUUGACCAAGGAAUCCACCGCUCUGGCGUAGUAGAUACUAGUCCCAGCGCCGCCAUGUGUUGUAUAUCCACGUGUUUGACAUGUAGAACCCUAUCAACCUCUCAAGAGUGGUCAGCAGCAGUACACGUGCAUGACUACUACUAGUAGUACUCACAGUCAACUACUGUACCGAAGGAAUUGUAGAGUAACGUGUUGUGUUAUUAAUAUGUAUUAAUGCUACUGUCGGUUUGGGCGGAA